UAGUCCUGACACCAGAUCGGAUAGGCUCGGAAACCGCUCCGGUUCUUACUCUGUCUCUCUAAGCACAUUAGUGGAGCUUUCUGGUUUCAAUCAAUUUACCAUAUCUUCUUCUUUGACAUUUUGAUUUUUAAUGAAUUUCUUCCGUAGAUUAUUACUACUGCGUCACUGCGUUCUACUCCAUUAGAUUAUUUUCUCGUCCGAAUUCAGAAGCCCUCUCGGUUGCUAUCAAUACUCGUAAUUAUACCAUGAAGAAGAAACUCGAUACCCGUUUCCCUGCGGCUCGGAUCAAGAAAAUUAUGCAAGCUGAUGAGGAUGUUGGAAAGAUUGCAAUGGCAGUGCCUGUUUUAGUAUCUAAAGCCUUGGAGUUGUUUUUGCAAGACCUGUGUGAUAGGACAUAUGACAUAACUCUUAGAAGAGGAGCAAAGACUGUCAACUCUUCACAUUUGAAGCAAUGUAUACAGAGCUACAAUGUCUUUGACUUUUUGAAAGAAGUUGUGAGCAAGGUCCCCGACUAUGCUAAUUCUGAUGCCGGUGCUGAAGUGUCAAGAAGAAGGAAAGUUGCAACGGAUGAAGUCAAUGAGAGUGAUGAUGAAUCCAAAAGGAGCAAGACGGAAGCAUGUCCUGCAAGCAGUGGUGGUGGCAGGGGAAGAGGUAGGGGAAGGGGUAGGGGUAGAGGGCGUGGGACUCGCACUGAUAGGGAGCCUGCUCAACAUGAUGUUGAAACCGAUACCCAUUCUUCUCAACAUAUAUAUUCUACUCAUACCCAGAAUCCUGUGAUGUUGAAGGAAACCUGUCUCGAGUCAAAGGAGUCAUUACCUCAACUGGAUCCUAAUGCAACAGAUGGUGUUCACAAAUCAGAAAUCAAUUACAUUAAUGUAAAGGUACCUGGAUUCCAAACGGAUCCUAAGGCUAAUGGGGAUGGGAGUGCUGAUAAAGUGGAAAAUUGCGUUGGAACAUCAAUGCCUCCAGACGCUAAAGACAGUGCUGCUGGUCUGGUGCUUUCUGAGAUUGACAGAAUGGCUGUUGACCCGCUCCAUUUUGCACAGUUCAACUCAAAUGUUGAAGAUGAGGAAGAAGAAGACUACGAUGACGAAGGGUGAUUAAAUGAAAAUGAAGAGCUUUAGAAUGAAUAUUCAAGUCUUCAAUUUCAUCUUCCUUGCUGUAUUAAUAUGUAAUGUAGAUUUACGAAUUUUAUCUGCAACUAAUCUUGUUAACUCCGAUAAUAAUUCUUAUGAGAAAAAGAGGUGUAGCUCAGGAUAGCUAGGAGUUAGCAAUGUCACAUUAUGUAUCUCAUUUAUUUCCAUCGAGUGUAUGACACUCCGUUUUUACCAUUAUGAAACGUUUGUUUGAUUAAUGUAAAAACACUCUUGAGAAGAAAGAAUCUGAAGAACCCUG